AUGAAUGCGAGUGAUGCAGUUGUUCCUUCAGUGGACAACGAAAUAGAGCUGACCUCUUGGAAAACAAACCAAUCUUUUCAUGUCAACCAGAUGCACCCAAACAUCAGUAUACUUAGGGGAACCUCUCCGGUUGCCUCUGAAACUCCAGCAGUGAAAACAAAUAUUACAGAUGAAAGGAUUUUGACCAAAGCUCCCCAUAAAAACUGGUCAGUGGCAGAGGAGGCAGUAGAAGAGGAACUGGGGUCCACUGACCCAUCCAUCAAAGUCAUGAACGAAACGUUUUCUGAGCCUGCAGUGAAACCUACGAUAUCGCCCGCUGUGCAAGACGUGGGUUUUAAAAAAGGUUUGUGCAUAAACAUCAAUUACACCCAGUGUGAAAUGCUGCCAUAUAACCAGACUACUUUAAGAUCAGUUCUUUCCAUUGUGAGGAGCAUUGAAAUGGAAAAAUUUCUCAAGUUCUUUGGUUAUCUCAACCGCCUCGGCUGUUAUCAACACAUUAUGCUGUUUGGAUGUAGCCUCGCUCUUCCUCAGUGCAUCAGAGAUGGUGAGAACAGUCGUGGACUUCUGCCUUGUAGAUCAUUUUGUGAGGCUGCAAAGAAAGGAUGUGAACCAGUCCUUGCAAUGGUCAAUUCUUCUUGGCCAGAAUUCCUCGCCUGUUCCCAGUUCCAUAACAAAACUAAAAAUAACAAUAUCACCAAGGUCUGCUUCUCCCCCCAAGGGGAAAAAUGGAAAGGAUUAUUUUGUGAAGAAGAGGACAGCUUCUUGUGCAGAAGUGGGGUUUGCGUCCCAAGGAUUCUGCAGUGCAAUGGCUUUAAUGAUUGUGAUGACUGGAGUGAUGAAAUACAUUGCAAUUGCAGUGAAGAGCUUUUUCGCUGCCACACGGGAAGAUGCAUCAAUUACACCUUCGUUUGUGAUGGUUAUGAUGAUUGUGGAGAUCUUAGUGACGAACAGAACUGUGAUUGUAAUCCAGUUACUCAGCAUCAGUGUGGAAAUGGGAGAUGCAUAACAAUGGAUUGGAUCUGUGACGGUGAUCCUGACUGCCUAGACAAAUCAGAUGAAGUCAAUUGUUCCUGCCAUAGCCAAGGACUGGUGGAAUGCAGAAAUGGUCAGUGUGUCCCUAGUGCUUUCCAGUGUGAUGGAGACAAGGAUUGCAAGGAUGGAAGCGAUGAAGAAAACUGCGGUGGAAGCCAAAGAUUAUGCCAUGCAAGAGGUCAGAAAUGUAAUUCAACUUCCUGUCCUGAUUCUUGUAGCCAGUCUCCUCUCUGUGACACGAAUAGCAGCCAAGUGGAUUGCAGUCAGUGUGAACACAUUACCCUGGAAUUGUGCCUGAACCUACCAUACAAUUAUACUCACUACCCCAACUAUUUAGGCCAUCGGACACAGAAGGAAGCCUCUAUUAGUUGGGAGUCUUCUCUCUUCCCAGCCUUGGUCCAGACUAACUGUUAUAAAUACCUGAUGUUUUUUGCCUGUACCAUCUUGGUGCCAAAAUGUGAUUUUCAAACAAAUGAACGUAUCCCACCAUGCAGGACUCUUUGUAAGCAGUCCAAGGAACGUUGUGAAUCUGUUCUUGGAAUUGUGGGUUUACAGUGGCCGGAGGAUACUGAUUGUGCUCAGUUCCCGGAAGAAAAUUCGGACAAUCGAACUUGCCUGAUGCCUGAUGACAAUGUAGAAGAGUGCUCACCAAAUCACUUCAAAUGUCGUUCGGGAAGAUGCAUCUUGACGUCCAGAAGAUGUGAUGGACAAGCAGAUUGUGAAGACGACAGUGAUGAAGAGAACUGUGGUAAAUGAAUGAAGCAAGACUUACCACAAAGCACAUUUUGCAAGAAGGAUGAAAUUGCAUGUGCAAACCAUGACUGCGUACCCCGUAAGUCGUGGUGUGAUGGGCGAGCAGAUUGUGCCGACAAAUCCGAUGAAUGGAGCUGUGUGUCCCUAUAUAAAAACAGCAGCUCCUUGAUGUUCCUGACUGUAUAUAGGUCAGCUACCAAUUAUUAUGUAUGCGCUGAUGACUGGGAAGAAAAUUUAAGCCUCUUGGCAUGCAAACAGAUGGGUUUUGGUGGACCAGCUGUGACAGAACUUAUUCCAGUGUAUGAGCUUCCACUACAAGCAAAAUGGUUGAACCUACAUCCUGAUUGGGAGAAGAAAACUAGGUUCACACUGCAUGCUCUUUUAGUAACAGGGUUACCAUGUAAAAGCAAGAAUGUGGUUUCUCUCCUCUGUGCCAAAGAAGAUUGUGGCCGUCGCCCUGCAGCUCGGAUGAGCAAGAGGAUCCUCGGGGGCAGGACCAGUCGCUCAGGACGUUGGCCAUGGCAGUGCUCGCUCCAGAGCGAGCCCAGUGGGCAUAUCUGUGGCUGUGUUCUCAUAGCAAAGAAAUGGGUCUUAACGGUGGCACACUGCUUUGAAGGGAGAGAAAACCCGAAGGUAUGGAAAGUAGUUUUUGGCAUCAACAAUUUGGACCAUCCUUCAGCCUUCAUGCAAAUCCGCCUGGUGAAAACAAUUAUUCUGCACCCUCGUUACAACCGUGCGGUGGUGGACUACGACAUCAGCAUUGUGGAGCUCAGUGAAGACAUCAAUGAGACCAGCUACGUCCGACCAAUUUGCCUUCCCACCAGGGAGCAGCUGGUUAAGCCAAAUACCUAUUGCUACAUCACUGGCUGGGGACACAUGGGCAACAAAAUGCCCUUCAAACUGCAGGAAGGGGAAGUGCGCAUUAUUUCUUUGGACCAAUGUCAGUCUUACUUUGACAUGAAGACCAUCACAGUCAGGAUGUUAUGUGCAGGCUACGAGUCUGGAACUGUGGAUUCUUGCAUGGGUGACAGCGGAGGACCUCUUGUGUGUGAGCAGCCGGCUGGACGCUGGACGUUAUUUGGUUUGACUUCUUGGGGCUCGGUCUGUUUUUCCAAAGUUAUGGGUCCUGGAGUUUAUAGUAACGUGUCUCACUUUAUUGAAUGGAUUGAAAGAGAAAUCUACCUGCACACGUUUUUGAUUCGCUGA